UAAACAUAUCGCACAUGGUACUUGGAACUUACGUGAUGAAAAUUACAUUUUUAACCAAUACAAUUUUAUUAUCGUUAAGUAUUGUCCCAAGUAAUUCCAAUCAUCUUUGAAAAAAUCUAUUUUAAUAGACAAUACCAUAAAAAUUGGCAAUAUUUAUUUUAUUUGCUAGAACAAUAAUUCCAGAAAAAAAUUCCGAAAAGAUGGAACUAAAUUAAAACUACCGCAAUAUUUUUACAUUUACUAACACUGGAAAAAUAUUUAAUUUUGGUAAAGUACGAGAUUUCAGAUUUAUAGUUAUGAGAAAAUGGUAUGUUGUGCAGUUCACAUUUUCCCAAGGUUAUUAAAUGCAUAAAUAAAGGGGAAGACCUGAAGUUUUUACUUGAUAAUCUAAUCAAACCCAGGCAAAACGAUAAUACAUCCCAAAUACAUUUCACCUAAUGAAAAUAAAUUUUUUAAUUUUAUUGUCCUCUUUCUCGCUUUCUUCUACAAAUCUAAUGGUGAACUUCGAGUGGCACAUAUUUUGUAUUAAAAUUUUCGUCAGUUUCAUUACCAUUAAUAUCCUGUGCUUGUUUAUAUGCUGGUCAACUUAGUAGUUUUAAGUACCGUAACGCUUUCGACUUGUCAGUUAUUUUACUCAAGACGUUAUGUGUUUGGCAUAAAUGAUUACCAUUUCAGCUCCAUAGAAUACGAUUUUUUGUCGAUCUUGAUUUUGAUAGAGAGGUCGAAUAAAAGCAGCAGUAACCUUUACCAUUCUGUGUUGUUAAUUUGAGGUUAGCUUGACAGGAACAACCUUUACUUUAAGGAAUUGCUUAGCUCCAUUGGUGAAUUCGCUCCAAAUACCCAAAAUUAUUUUUCAGAGAUUGAAGUUUCGGAUCUGAGCACAUCUACCCAUAUUUAUUAAAUAUUUUGAUAAAGUUACGUCCCUUUGUCAUUGCCGUAUAAAAUAUCCGAAACACUUUUCUAAUAGGAUGUAAUAGGUUUUCUCAGCAGGUUAGAUAACGAAGAACGGCAUUUUUAGGAGUCCAUAAUCUAGUAGUAAUGUUUAUACUAUUUGAUUUCCAUUUUCUAAAAACUAUUCCUUCAAAUAUUCCCUAAAAAAGCGCAUUAACAUUCUUCAGCGGACACUAAAUCUCAUUUAUAUCUUUUAAUUUUUUGUUUCUUGUCUGUUGCUUCGUUAAACGAAUCUUCCGUCAGCAAUCUCAUAUAUUAACGUCCCUCAAUUAAGGGUUCUACCAAAGGGAAAACUGCUCACUUCGGCUACCGUUACCAAAUGUUUUUCCAAGGUGUAAAGCGAACGUAGCAGCAAACACUAAGAAACGUUACAUGGUUGGUUCAUUUUCUUGGUCAUUUUGAACCAAUCAGACCAUUUCCUUUUGUUGCAAGUCGUUUUUUACUAAUAGACCACAGUUACUGUUUUCAUCUAUGUUGUUUUGGUACCCAAAGUUGCCUGAAGAGGAAAAGAUAGCAGUCUUUAAGACUAAAUGCACAGAUAUUUUACUUUGACAAAUUACAUUAUUUACAUUUGACGGAUAUUUAAAUAUAGAACUGUUUUAACAAAUUAGUUGUGCUCCAGAUUCUUUGUCAGUAAGACACUCUCUCUUUGUCCUUUUCUGGACAACAGUCUCAACUUCAACAUUUCAGCCAAAUACCGUAGCAGAUUAUCACUCAGUUGUCUUCAGAACUACAAUCAACUACUGUUAGCAAGAUGUAAGGUCACAGUAUAUACAAAACAUGACAUCUGUACCUUUAGAAUUACAACCAGUUGCCAUAAAACUCAGUCAUCAUCACAGAACUAAACACAGCAACCAACAAUUUCCUACUUAUCAACUUUUACCAACUUCACAACUGAAAAUACCAAUUCUAUGUCAGAACACCAUAUUCUCUUCAUAUCAACACAAGUUAUCACAAAGUGUUGACCAGAAUAACAGACCAGAUAUUUCCAACUCUUGAAUAAAAGACAUUAGUUAGUGAUUUAUUCACGAAUAUACCAUGAAUGACGAUGCCUUUCAUGUCACUUCAGCCAAUUGACAAGCGCUGCAUGAAGAACUUCUGCUUUUAGACGAAUGCACUGUCAUCACAAAGGUCACACCCUGUUUACAUGUAUAAAAGCGAGAAUAAAUUUAACCCUUGGCUAACAGUGAGGCCUACUAAUCAGAACUAAGGAAAAUAUCUCAAAGCUCAAAGUCCUGUGAUACAGGGAUAACUGUGAUCCUCAUUUGCAACUUCCAAAUGCAAUGGAGUUUUCUUAUAUUGGAUAUUUAAAAAGAAUUGGGAGAUGCUACUUACUCUGACCACCUGGUAUAUGUGAGUUUGGUGCUAAGAGGAGUUGAUAUUGCAGUCUUCAUUAUGACAGUACAUUCCUAAGUCAGAUUUUGGAGAUACUUAAUUCUGCACUAUGUCUUUUGGUCUAUUUGCUUGAUAAGGCUAUGGAAAUAGCCUCUCAGGGUUCUCUACCAAUUAUGGAAACUUCCUCCUAUGUAAGUCAUGAUACUUUAUGGUCUGACUUGGAUUUGUAUUUAGACGAUACAUUAUGACUGGUAUCCAAAAUCAUAAAUUAGCUAUCCUCAUGGAUAAGCUUCGUAACCGGGGGCCAUUACAACGGUCUUGGAAUGAAAGUAUUAAAGCUAUCCGUGUAGCUAUGGCUGACAAACGUCACCAAUCAGAUGCAGUGGAUCGUCCCCAGUUACAGAGGUGGUUGGACACCUUACAGAAAGCAAUGAAAGUGCUUUCUCAGUUAAAUCUUGUGGAACAAUUGGAAGCGGUUGCCAGACAAGUUGGAUUAAGUUUUACUCCACCCAGUGGACCUGAAUCACAGUUGUUUGUUGGUUCUGAUAUGUUUUAUAUCCAAGUAGCAAUGGACAAAACUGGCAUGGCUAAGGAUGUUAAGAUAGCUCACCAAGGAGAACCAAAAAGCUGUCAAGACCUUCAGGAAGUUCUCAGCCGAGGUGAUUUCAGUGAAUUUACUUCUCAUUUAGAAGGUUUAUGUCAAAUCUACAAUAUAUCUGGUGACAAGAAACAGAAAACCAAAACUUUUCUUGCGCUUCAGUCUUUGGAAUGUGAUUUAAGCAUGCUUGCACAACUACAGAGGUAGGAUUUUAUUCUUAUGAAAACCUCUAAGAAUUUUAUAUUUUGGCUAAAUUCUAUUUGCAUUUAUUUCAACAAAGAUGUUCUUCCAUGAAAGAAGAUUUAUUUCUUGGAAUAUUUAUUUCUAUGCAGAAAAGUAUUUCUAAGUGAAACACUUAUGCAUAAAAGAAAACAGUGUCUACAUAUAAAAGUAUGUCUAGUUGAACAAAUGUUUGAAUUUGAUGCCAGUGUGUUUUAAAAGAUAAGGGUGUGUGUGUGUGUGUGUGUAUGUAUAUACAUAUCUGCACAUCUGUGUGUAUGCGUGCAUGACUCAUGCACACACUCUGGUGAAUGGGAAUUUUGGCUCAUUCAGAUGUAUUUACUGAUCAUAAGUAAAGUAAAUAUAUAAAAUUGGUUUCAAAUUUUGGCACAAUGACACCAGAUCCAGGGGAAGGAUCAGUUGUACAUUGAUCCUGGUGCUCAACUGGUACUUAUAUUAAUAAAAGGGGAAGUAGUCCUCAGCCGAAUUUGAACUCAGAACAUAAAGAUGGAUGAAAUGCCACUAAGCAUUUUGCUGAGUGUGUUCAAUGACGAUUCUGUCAGCUUCCUGCCUUUAGUACAAUACAAGCAGAGAUACUUAGCAUUGCUCUGGAUUAACAAGGCAUAAUUUUUUAUUGUUUUACUUGUUUUGGCCAUGUGAGGUAACCAUACUGGUGCACCGCCUUUCAUUGAAGAAAUGGACACCGGGAUUUAUUCUUUGUAAGCCUAGUACUUAUUCUGUCGGUGUCUUUUGGCAAACGGCUUUGUUAUGGGGAUGUAACCACAGCAACAUCGGUUGUAAAGCAAUAGUGAUGGUACAAACACAGAUGCACACACACAUAUACACAUACAUAUGACAGUAUUCUUUCAGUUCCCGUGUGCAAAAUCCACUCACAAAACUUUGGUGGGUCUGAGGCUAUAGUGUAUAUGUAUAUGUAAUAUAUAUAUAUAUAUGUAUAAGUAAUAUAUAUCAUCAUCAUCAUCAUCAUCAUCAUCAUCAUCAUCAUCAUCAUCAUCAUCAUCAUCAUCGUCGUCGUUUAACGUCCGCUUUCCAUGCUAGCAUGGGUUGGAUGAUUUGACUGAGGACUGGUGAAACCAGAUGGCUACACCAGGCUCCAAUCUGAUUUGGCAGAGUUUCUACAGCUGGUUGCCCUUCCUAACUAGGUGGACUGUUAAUGUGCUAGAAGAAGAUCACA